AUGGCAAACGGACUGGCAGGUCUGAAGGAGCAGUUCUGCCCCAACUUUGCUCAGCGGUUCCAAUCUGCUGGCUAUGGAGUCUUGCUCUUUGACCACCGUAACUGGGGUGCAAGCGACGGUGUUCCCCGGAACGAGACGAACCCCAUCCAGACUGCCCGCGACUACUCGGAUGCCUUUGACUUCGUUGCCUCGUUGGACGAGGUUGAUGCCUCCAGGAUUGUCUACUGGGGCACUAGCAUGUGCGGUGGUUCCGUUCUACACGCUGCGGCAUUCGACAAGCGUAUCCGAGCCGUGAUUUCGCAGGUUCCCUUUGUAUCCGGCGAACUACUUAGUUCACACCUCGCACCAUUGAUUGGAUCCCUAUACAGCAGCCGACAACAGCUCAAAGCAGGCAAGCCUGUCCCACUGAUCAAGCUGUUUGCCGAGACUCCCGACGAGAGUCUUCAGCAAGACACCAAAGCUCUCAUUCAGGAUGAGAAUCUCUGCGAUUUCAUCAAGGCUUUGGAUAAGGAUAAGCUACCUUGGUCCCCGAAUGUCACCCCCCAAACACUUCUUAACAUGAUCGCAUUUGAACCUCUGGCUUUUAUGCACCGCAUUGCUCCAACACCACUGCUCUUGGUCUCUGCCGAGAAUGACAGGUGUGCGCCAACCUUUACUCAGCUUAAGGCAUACGCGCUGGCUUAUGAGCCCAAGAGGCUGGCUAUUUUGAAGGGUUCUGGGCACUUUGACCCUUAUCAUGGCAAGGUCUUUGAGGAAAACGUCAAGGCACAGCUGGCCUAUCUGAAGGAUAUUGUGUAG